AUGGAUCUUAUCACCACCCUGCCCAGUUCGCCAAUGGCUUUGGCUUUACUCGGCCUUCUUGCCCUAGCGGCACUCUUGCUCGUAUACGUCAACUUCUUCUACGUUGACUUCGCCAAGAUCAAAGGUAUCCCUGAGAUUCCAGGUGGCAAAGUGCUUGCUGGUCAUCUGUAUGAACUUGGACACGACCACGCUACAACGGCGGCGAUAUGGGCUGCCAAGUAUGGCUGGCCGGUCUAUCAGUUUCGAAUGGGCCACCGCCGGGUCAUUAUGCUCAACUCGUUCGACUCUGCCCGCGAGUGGUUGGUGAAGAACCAGUCAGCAACAAUCGACCGUCCUUGGUUCUAUACCUUUCACGGAAUUGUAUCGAAAACAUCUGCGGCAACCAUUGGAACUAGCCCUUGGGAUGAAAGGACCAAGAAGCAGAGGCGUGUGGUUGGUUCUUUCACUACAGGUCCUUCUGUCAAGAAGAUGAACAAGAUGCUGGACAUGGAGACGUGUGCCGUCAUUUCAAGGAUAUACUACGACAGCCAGAACGAAGUAGACGGUAUAUCGCCCCAUGUGUAUCAAAAGCGCCUUGCCUUGAACCUAAUGAUGAUGUUUUGUUAUGGGACUCGAUUCAACUCAGUUCAGGACCCGAUGCUACUUCAGAUUCUCAGAGAUGCCAAGACCAUUGCUAGCUUCCGAUCUACAAACUCCAAUCCGCAGGACUUCAUCCCUCACCUGAGAUAUGUGGGCAAGAACCGGAGAAUGGCUACCGCGACGGCGGUCCGAGAGCGUCGAGAUACUUGGCUGGCGGCCAUGUUGAAGGCGGUCACGACCAACCUCGACCGGAAACGCCCGGGCGACAAGAAGUGCGUCGCCGAGAUGCUGCUCGAGGAUAACCAGGAGGGCCUCGCCGAGUUGGAUAUCAAGACCAUUCUUGGUGGACUCAUGUCUGGUGGCUUUGAGACCGUCUACUCCACCCUCAUCAUUACCAUUGGUAUCCUCUCGACGGAAGCUGGGCAGCUGAUUCAGGAGAAGGCAUACCAGGAUAUUAUGAACGCAUAUGAUUCUCCCCAGAUGGCAUUUGAACAGUGUCUGCUGGAGGAAAAGAGUACAUAUGUUGUCGCCCUGGUGAAAGAGGCGUUGAGAUUUUACCCUCCACUGAAGAUCCUCCCUGCCAGACAAGUCUACAAGGCCUUCUCGUAUGAGGGGGCCAACAUUCCUAAGGGUCUUCUAGUUUACAUUAACACGCAGGCCGUUAAUUUCGACAAGGGUACUUACGGCCCAGAUGCCGACCAGUUCCGCCCUGAACGAUGGCUUGAUAAGGCGACUGGUGUUCCUCCACCUUACCACUUCGCCUUUGGAGCUGGUGCCCGAAUGUGUACGGCGGUCAACUUUUCGAACAGACUCCUAUUCGCCGUCUUUCUUCGCUUGAUACUGUCAUUUAAAAUGACACCGAGCAAGGAGAUGCCCCCCAACACGGAUCCGAUCGGCUACAAGGAGGAUCCAACAGCCUCCAACGCUGUAGCCUCGGACUUCAAGAUCAAGUUCACACCUAGGAACAGGGAGGUGAUAGAGAGCUUCUUGAAGAACUGUCACGAAGGAUUGACCGAAUUUGUGACCGGAGAUAACGCGGAGCCCCUUUCGUUGUAG